UGUCUCCCACGCGCUUCACAAACCAAAACCCUAGCUCGCUUUCCAGCUCUUCGACUUCUCCGUAUCCUUCGUUAUAAACCCGCCAAUCCACACCGGGAAGAUACCUCCCUGGCGAUCUUUAUCGGAAUUCAUCGCCUAACAUUGUCGUACCUCUAGAAAUGGAGAUCUGCACACGAGCUAUAUCCAAUCUUCCUAAGUCUGGCCGUCUGUUCACUCCGUAUUACAGUCGCCUUUCUUGGACAAAGAACUCUUCGAAAUUCGGCUUUAAUCCAGGAGUGCUCCAACACAGCAUUUCAUCUAUCAGAUUUGUUCAAUCGGAAGAAACAUCUGGCCUUACUAGUCAAUAUCAGUUUGUGAAGGCUGAACGGGAUGACAUUCUAAGUACUGAAGAUUCUCUAUCAGUGGAUCAGAUUAAUGCUCUUGAUUCUGUGCAGAACAAAGCACUUCAACUAGAGGUUAACUAUGAAAAUAUAACGAAGGAUGAGAACACAGAAGACAAUCCUCUUUCUGAAAUCCAAGCACAACUGUCCAACCUUCUUAAAGAGCUUGAUAUAGAGUAUGAUCCUGAAAAUUUGUCCACUCUUGUUGCACUUGGUGGAGGAGCUGCAGUUGCUCUUUGGUUGAUGAGUGCUGUUGUUGGUGCUAUAGAUUCAAUUCCUCUGUUCCCAAAAUUGAUGGAAGUUGUUGGUCUCGGCUAUACACUGUGGUUCAGUACCCGCUACCUGCUUCUUAAGGAUAACAGAGACGAGUUGGCUUUGAAGGUUGAAGAGAUCAAGCAACAAGUGAUUGGCUCGGGUAGAGAUUGAACACUUGGUUGAGGUUGUCAUACUAAAAAGGAGGACAAUGUGCUGGUGUUACACAAGCCAGGAAAGGGAUAUCACUAUAUUUAAUUGAUUGUUUCUUAAAAUGUCGUCUGAUGCCGAUCAACAAGUUGAAAAGGGAUGUAUAUUUCACAAUGUUAUAGUAAUGAUUAAAAGGGUGCAUCUGUAUUUAUUCUUUUGUUUUAAUUACUAACCGUUGGGGGUGGAUCUGGGAAAACAUUUAGGGACCUGAGAGGCCGAGAGUCGAGACUGGCCUCCUAUGUACCGGUUUCAGUCGACUUAGCAUCAAAGCACAAGUGUCGUUCCACCAAAAUUAAGAAAAUACAGAAAAGGGAUGUAUAUUUCACAAUGUUAUAGUGAUGAUUAAAAGGGCGCAUCUGUAUUUAUUCUUUUGCUUUAAUUACUAACUGUUGGGGGUGGAUCUGGGAAAACAUGUAGGGACCUGAGAGGCUGA